CACAAAAUGUUUCAAAGUUUUUCUCAGCCCUUAGGGUUUGAAGCAGUGGAACUUGAAGCAGUGGAACUUGAAGAUGUUAAAAAGCGACGAUUUGCGCUGUUGUUUAAUUUGAGCGAAGAUGCGUUUCGUUUGGCAGAACCGGUUGAGUUUGGCGAAGGGGAAAACGCGUACAAAGAUUGGAUUGGAAAGUUGAAGUCGUUAUUUGAAAGGAAUCAGACUGCUACGGAGAAACGUUACAAUUUUCAUCGUCGAGAACAGGAGCCUGGUGAGUCUGUUGAUUCGUAUGCUGUUUCUUUGCGAGAAGCUGGAGCUAGAUGUGGUUUCGAAACAUGGUGA